GGUGUUGGUGGUGCUGGCUCCCGGGGAGGCUGGGAUGACGCCCAGGCGGCCCUGGAGCUUAUUGGUGCCGUGGCCCUGAGUCACCGCGGAAGCACUGGGGCGGCAGGUGCCCGCACCCGGCACGGCAGCACCUCUGCGGAGCCACCGGCAGCACAGGCACGGCCAGCAGGGCCAGUGUGAGGCCCUUCAGCGAUGGUGCUCAGGGCGGAGGGCAGCGUGCCCAGUGACCUGACCCCAGAGGAGUGCCAGGAGCUGGAGAACAUCCGCCGCCGCAAGCAGGAGCUGCUGGCUGACAUACAGCGCCUGAAGGAUGAGAUAGCAGAAGUGACAAAUGAGAUCGAGAACCUGGGCUCCACCGAGGAGAGGAAAAACAUGCAGAGGAACAAACAGGUGGCAAUGGGCAGGAAGAAAUUCAACAUGGAUCCCAAGAAGGGCAUCCAGUUCCUGAUUGAGAAUGACCUGCUGAAGAACACGUGCGAGGACAUCGCUCAGUUCCUGUAUAAGGGAGAAGGCCUCAACAAGACGGCCAUCGGCGACUACCUGGGCGAGAGGGAUGAGUUCAACAUCCAAGUCCUGCAUGCCUUUGUGGAGCUGCACGAGUUCACCGACCUCAACCUCGUGCAGGCCCUGCGGCAGUUCCUGUGGAGUUUCCGGCUGCCCGGGGAGGCGCAGAAGAUCGACCGGAUGAUGGAGGCCUUUGCGCAGCGGUACUGCCAGUGCAACCCCGGCGUCUUCCAGUCCACAGACACGUGCUAUGUGCUGUCCUUUGCCAUCAUCAUGCUGAACACAAGCCUGCACAACCCCAAUGUGAAGGACAAGCCCACAGCAGAGCGAUUCAUUGCCAUGAACCGCGGCAUCAACGACGGGGGAGACCUGCCCGAGGAGCUGCUCCGGAAUCUCUAUGAGAGCAUCAAGAAUGAGCCCUUCAAAAUCCCUGAGGAUGAUGGCAACGACCUCACCCACACCUUCUUCAACCCUGACCGGGAGGGCUGGCUCCUGAAGCUUGGAGGAGGCAGGGUGAAGACAUGGAAGCGGCGCUGGUUCAUCUUGACCGACAACUGCCUUUACUACUUCGAGUAUACAACGGAUAAGGAGCCCCGUGGCAUCAUACCCCUGGAGAACCUGAGCAUCCGUGAGGUGGAGGACUCAAAGAAGCCUAACUGCUUUGAGCUCUACAUCCCUGACAACAAGGACCAGGUGAUCAAGGCCUGCAAGACAGAGGCGGAUGGGCGUGUGGUGGAGGGGAACCACACUGUGUACCGCAUCUCUGCCCCCACACCUGAGGAGAAGGAGGAGUGGAUCAAGUGCAUCAAGGCAGCCAUCAGCCGGGACCCCUUCUACGAGAUGCUGGCUGCCAGGAAGAAGAAGGUCUCCUCCACCAAGAGGCACUAGCAGCCAGACUGGCCUUGUGAGGCCAGCAUGCCCUCGGCAGCCCAAGCGUCCCCCUGUCCCGGGGGUCUGUGGGGCAGGGGCUGCACUGCAGCCUGGCCCUAGGGUCCAGGGCCCAGCUUCAGCUUCACUGUUUCUUUUCCGUGAGGGGAGGGAGGGGGCACAGGCAUCUUGGUGCCUCUGGCCCUCCAUCACUGCCUCAUCACCAGGACGGUGUCUUCAUGGGCUCAAGCUGGGACACAGCACCCCUGGGAGCUCCAGCCUCAGCACCACAGGCACCCUCCCUGCUCCUGACCCCCAGCAGCCCUGCGGCUGGACAUGGCGCUGCAGCCCCCCAGCACCCGUGUCCAGACACUUGGAGUGUCCCGUCAGGAGGAUGAGCAGCUGUUAGUGAGUAGCUGGCAGUUUUGGGGUGCCACAGGUGCUGGGGUGCAAGGCAUCAGGCCCAGGGAGGCCCUACAGAGACACAGCUCCCGGCCCUCGUUGUAGCGGGCCUGGGUCUGUCCUGGGUGUCCCCACGCUGCUGCCUCAGACCCUCACAGCUGCCCCCUGCACCAGGAGCGGUCCCCGUGUGCACAGGAGUGCCGAAGGGCAGGGACUGUCACCAUCACGGUCUGCAGUGGUGCCACACAGGGCACAGACAUGCCCUCGUCCAGCCAUGGAGGCUGUGGCUUGGAUGAGGUGGCACUGGGUGGCAUUGCCCCUGGCACAUCCUUGCAGCACAGUCCUCUCAUGCCAGGGUGGCAUGGUGCCAUGGUGGGACAUGCCCAGAGCUGGAGCCUGCCCUGAGAAUGGCUGUGGUGGGGGUCUGGAUGGGUGGGGGCUGCAUCCCCCACUCUCUGCCUCACAGUCCGCCCAUGUCAUGUCCUGUCCCUGUCCCCGCGCAUGGUCUGGAGACUCCUGGAUCAGUAUUAGUCUAUUUAUCAGAGGUGUAAAUACUCCUGUAUAGUUUUCUCCUUGUAGAUUAUUUUGUAUGUGGGUGGUUCAGUGCAGAGGCCCCGUGGGGCGGGGGGGCAGGAUUUUUUAUUCUAACAUUUUUUUUUUUUUUUGCCAUGGCCUUGUAAACUAGUGCUGAGGAUUGGCAGCAAAUAAACACUGCACUGCGCUCCA